CCUUUAAAGAGUCGUGUUUGACGGCUGAUGCCAGAUUUGGAUUAGUUGCGCCGGAAUUAGUAGGGUACACAUUGCAUAAUCGACGCCGUGGUUGCGGUACCUUCGCUGCGUCCUAUAUUUCAGUUUUGCUGCAUUUCAGGUUCUUGUUAUUUUAGGAAACCAUAAAGUGAAUUCACAAAAUUGUAUCUUUAUGAGGUUGCUGAACUUUUCUCCAAGAUUUAGUAUAUCUGUGUUCGUCCUUUCAGCUGUGGUGUUAGUAACCUUUUCGUCAUAUUUCAUCGAUGACAACAUUUGGGGCACAAAUCAUAAGCUUGAUCCUGCGUCUAGGGUUCCGAAGAAGGGCCCCGGCAAACCUCCGAUAUUUGCCUAUUGGCUUUCUGGCACCCAGGGUGAGGGAAAGAUGAUUUUUCGGCUUCUGAAAGCCGUCUAUCACCCAAGGAAUCGUUACCUCUUGCAUCUUGAUGCUGGCUGCACUGCGCAUGAGAGGAACGAAUUGGCUAGAUUGGUUCUUUCUGAGAGGAUUUUUCAAGCUUUCUCAAAUGUUGAUGUAGUGGGCAAGGCUUAUGCUGUUGAUCGUAGUGGGUCUUCAGUGGUUGCUGCUACACUCCAUGGAGCAGCAGUUUUGCUUAAAAUUUGGGAUGAUUGGGAUUGGUUCAUCACUUUGAGUGCUUCUGAUUAUCCUGUUGUUACUCAGGAUGAUCUGCUUUAUGCGUUCACUUCAUUGCCUAGGGAUCUUAAUUUCAUCGAUCACACAAGUGAGCUUGGGUGGAAUGAGCCUGAAAGGUUUGGCAAAAUAAUUGUGGACCCAAAUCUUUAUAUGAAUAAUAAUAUGAAGUACUUUUUGGCUUCAGAAACUCGGCCAACUCCUGCUGCUUUCAGAAUAUUCACAGGUUCUCCAUGGGUGAUACUCAGCAGAUCUUUCAUGAAGCACUGUAUUUACAGUUCAGAUAAUCUCCCAAGGAAACUUCUCAUGUAUUUUACCAAUGUGGCUUAUGCUGCUGAAUCCUACUUCCAAACUGUAAUCUGCAAUUCUCCAGAGUUUCAGAACACCACUGUCAACAAUGAUCUCAGAUACUUUGUGUGGGAAAAUCCUCCUACUCUUGAACCACUUUUAUUGAACCAAUCCAAUUAUAAAGCAAUGGUGAAGAGCGGAGCUGCUUUCGCUCGAAGAUUUAUGGAGAACGAUCCCGUGCUGAAGAAGGUGGACGAUUUGAUUCUGAGACGAAAACCAAAUGGUGUUGCCUUUGGUAAGUGGUAUUUAGGACCGGAUCCAAAUUGCAAGGGAUUAGGUUCGGAUGUUGGCUCAAUUUGUGGGGAUAUCGAUGUGAUUGAGCCCCGAUCAACGGGGAAGAAACUGAGAAAACGGAUAGCUAAGGUUAUUUCAGAUGAAAGGUUGGUUGCAUGCAAAUCAAUGUAAAGUUUAGGAAGAAUAUAUUUAUGUAUGUAUCAUAGUUAUGUUAUAUUCAUACAAAAUGAGGAGGUGAUGCUGAUCUUGUUGCACGGCCUUGUAUAUAUGAGGGGAGCAUGAAUAACCUUUGUAGUAAAUAAACUUUGGGAGCAGUCUGCCUCCAGUGAAGUUAAUUCAUUUUGUUGGAAGGCUGUAGGAAUGGAAACUUUGGCUAGUUGGUGCAAUUAUGAAAUUUUAAAGCGUUUAUUA